GUUCUCGGUCGUCACGUGACGCACGCCGACGCGUCGCGUACGGAUUACGUCACUGCGUACGGAAGAGGGGCAAAACAAGCGUCCAGCGUCAGCAUAUCCGCGCUACUGCAGCUCCCCACCGUGUUCUCCACACAAAUUAUUACUCUAAUUAGAUUAGCUUUAUCUAGCAGCGCUAAGCUAAAUAAAACGGAAUUUAUUUCACUUGCAUUAGUUAGUUGUGGAGGAGUUAGCCUAGCCUAGCCUAGCCUAGCCAUGGUGUCCAGGUGUGUGUGAAAGCCAUGGCGGUCUCCACGGUCAGGGAUUUGGACUGAACCCGGGAGAAAAGUCUGAGAAAUGACCACAGAGACGUUCGUGAAGGACAUCAAACCCGGACUGAAGAAUCUAAAUGUCAUCUUCAUCGUCCUGGAGACAGGAAGAGUCACCAAAACCAAAGAUGGCCAUGAGGUGCGCACCUGUAAGGUAGCUGAUAAGACGGGCAGUAUCAGUAUAUCGGUGUGGGAUGAGGUCGGAGCUCUCAUUCAGACUGGAGAUAUCCUCCGCCUGACCAAGGGCUAUGCGUCGGUUUUUAAAGGCUGUCUCACUCUGUACACAGGAAGAGGAGGAGAGCUGCAGAAGAUCGGAGAAUUUUGCAUGGUCUACUCCGAAGUGCCAAACUUCAGCGAGCCAAAUCCAGAUUAUUUGGCCCUGAUGAACAAAACGGGACCUAACGAGCAAACAAACAACACAAACAACAACGGUUCCUCAGCGACUGCAGGUAACGAUGCCACUAACGGUAACGGAGUGAACUGUCAGACAUCCGCCAGCACGCAGCCAACCGCCCGCACCAACACCAGCAGAAGCUCCGCCCCCGGCAGCACAGUGAGUAACGGGAAAGAGACGAGACGCUCCGCUAAAAGAUGAGCUGAGCCGUGAGCCAAUCAGAGUCGAGGACUGAGAUGAUUCUUCUGAUUAAUUCUGCAGCAUGCGUCCAUGUGAAUGUGCAUAAAAAAUACAGAAUUAAUAACAAUUUA